CUUAUGCAGCUGCUUGUCAACAAGAUGGCCUUCCUCCUCCUCUCCUCCUCCUCCUCCUGCUGCUGUUUUUGACACCGAUUAUUUGUGGUACUCCCGGAGAACCGUACCGUAAAAAAGCAGUUCGUGUCACGUCUGAAUAGAGAGAGAGAGAGAGAGAUAAAGAGAGAGAGAGAGAGAAAGGCGGAAGUAGUCUCUGAGUUCUCACGGGGACGCGCGGACACAUUGACCGGGCACGAGCCUGGUGAGCAGCAGAGGACUAAUGUCGAGCUAGCCUAGCCUAGCCUAGCUUAGCUUAACCUAGCUCAGCUCAGCUCGUAACUCGUGUCAUUUAAACUGGUUUUGCCUCAACAAGAGGAGCACGCACCUCCUUUAAGGGAGUCAAACCAGGAGAUCAACGCCGUGGAGGUUGUAUGCCCGGUGUUGCUGGUGGCCGUGGUGACAGACAGUGCCCAUCAGGUUGGCACUGGGACAGAGAGCCGAGAAUGAGAGCUUGGGCUCUGGGUGCUUGCUGGCCAGCAUAGAUGCCGAUAUGCCCCGGGUGUCCGCAUCCUGAUGGACCGAGACACCUUCUCCCACAUCCGCCUGUGGUGCCCACGCCCCUUCGGCACCUACUCCCAGAACAAAGCCAGGAGCCCAGGCUCGGGGGGCAGCGGCGGCGGCGGGGGCGGAGGAGGCGGCGGCGGAGGGUCGGGGUCCCCCUCCCUCUGCAAGGCCGAGCCCUCUCCCGGUGCCAGAAGGACCGUGGAUGGAAGUGAAGAUGGAGGGAUGAUAGUGGGUGUGCAGGAGGACAACAGCGAGGAGGAGGAGGAGGAUGCGGGCUUGGAGAACACUCCACCCGAACCCGAGCUUGUGCCCGGCUCACAGAGCCAGGCUCCUCCACCUUCUUCAGCACCUCCCUCGCCACCCUCUUCCGGGUCCCAGAUGGAAGACGGCCGCGUGCUGUUAGACACCUGGUACGUCAUUAAGCCAGGAAACACCAAGGAGAAGAUAGCCUUUUUUGUCGCACACCAGUUCAGCGGAGCAGGACAGCCCAGACCCAGCGCCAUGAAGGUCAAAGGUAACUGGGCAACCGACUGCAGUAAAGCCAAAAGACGGAGACGAUGUUCAUCCUAUGACCCUCCGACGCGCUCCCAAUCCUCGGAUCCAACCCUCAGCCACGACUCCUCGCUUUCACCUCCCAGCUCUGAAGAACCACCUCUAGGAGGGGUGACUGAGACGGACCUGCUGUCGGUGGCAGAGAUGGUCGCCUUGGUUGAGCAGAGGACCGCCAUGGCCCUCCAGGGGAUCGUGGCGGUCCACGGGAACCAACACCACCACGAGUCCUCUAAUACCACCAACAGUCAGGGCCUUACCCCGCACCAGCACACGCUACUCCGGGGCACGCUGUCGGACCCCACUCCCAUCGUGUUCGUGUCAGACAGUUCGAACGGCCAGCCCUCCAAAGAGGCCCACGAGCCAUCGUCUCCUAUCCAGACAGACCAGGAGCUGGAGGAGCAGCAGGAGUCGUUGAGGGUAGCCCAGGCCAUAGCGCACUUUGAGUCCCAGAACCAGGAGAAUCGGUUCCAUCUGGGCGCCGGUCCUGGAACAGACUCUCCUAUUCGAGACAGAGAGAGAGAGCAAAGGAGAACAGGGGAGUCCGGCGUCGCAACCCCUCCUCCGCCCCCCAGCCACAGUCAUGGUGAGGUCAGAAUAGCUUUCCGAGUGUCGAAUCUGGAUCCACGAUCUCCGCUGGAGCCAGCCGGCAGGUCCCGCUGUAUGUUUAUGAGCUGUGGCGGUGGGGGCAACCAGGCGGCGGCCAGGGCCAAAGAGAAAAUCACCUGUGACCUCUACCAGCUAGUCAGCCCCUCAUCCAGAGACCCCAGUAGCCUGCUGCUUGCCGCCACAACUGCUGCCCCGAAACCAGAUGGAGACCUCCAUCACCCGGACAGGCAGGCCUGUGGCAGCCCAGACCCAACCCAGGAGGAGAAGAAAGCCGGGGGUGUGGGGAGGGAGCGAGUGACUGGCUUCCACGUGGAGGUGGUGGUGACGGGUGCUGUGGAUCAGUGUGUGUUUUAUGGCAAAGACAGUACAGAGAAUGUGCAGGAGGAGACGGUGUGCUUCGCCAUGUCUGGUGGGGGCGGCGGCGUAGGCGGCUCCAGUGACCCUUCGUCCGACCCCCCUCCUGGACAGCUCUUCUUCCUUCAGCCCCCGCGGGGCCCAGAGGAGGAUGUAAAAGGAACGGGCAUUGGCAGCGGGUCAGGAAUUUGCUCUUUGGACUGUGCCAACAACAACGGCCCCGGGGUGGCGGUGGGCUCGGGGGAGCGGGCGACCCGGCCGGAUUCUCCCGGCUGGGAGGACUGCCCGGACCCCUCGCUGUGUCGCCUCUACCGCCACGUGUCCCACGACUUCCUGGAGAUCCGCUUCCAGAUCCAGCGCCUCCUCGAACCGCGCCAGUACAUGCUGCUGCUGCCCGACCACAUCAUGGUCAACAUCUUCGGCUACCUGCCGACGCGAUCGCUGGCGGCGCUCAAAUGCACCUGCCACUACUUUAAGGUGCUGAUUGAGACGUACGGGGUGCGGGCGGUGGACUCGCGCUGGAAUCAAGACCCCCUCUACAGGGACGACCCCUGCAAGCAGUGCAAGCGGCAAUACGAGCGCGGGGACGUGUCCCUGUGCCGUUGGCACCCCAAACCUUACCACCACGACCUGCCUUACGGACGCUCCUACUGGAUGUGCUGCCGGCGCACGGACAAGGACACGCCGGGCUGCCGCGUCGGGCUUCACGACAACAACUGGGUCCAGCAGCCUGCCGACGGCUCUCAGCCCAUUCGCACCAAGAGGGAGGACAGGAGGGAGGAGGCCAGGUAGAGAGUGGGGGGGGGGAGUACUCCUCAUGCAUAACGACUCUCAUCUCCUCCUGCUGACCUCCUUCCUGCUCCCUCUCGCCUCAAACAGGACAAACAGGAUUACUGAGGACUGAGCACUCCAGGAUUGUUUGUUUUGUCUUUUUUGCUCCAGCACUCCUUUCUCGUACUUUCCCUCAUGUGAGGGGAAGUUGAGAGGUAAAGAAGGAAGAGAGGUGUGUCACUCUCCUUGCCUUUUUCUUUUUUUUUUUUUUUCAAGCCCUACAGAAUCGCUCCCCCUCCCUCUCCCCCCCACUGUGCUCCAGAGUGGCACCUUUUUUUGAAACGUUUGCAUACCAGGGUUGGGGUCCUCUCCUCCUGCCGCUGUCAGUCAGCCCCUCUAUUCUGCCUCUUACUCAUUUUGGGUUUCCGUCUAACUCCAUACAAGGCUGUUAGGUCAUUCAUGUGAAAACUUUGCAGUGCGUUUUUGGAUUGAGAUUAGCAUUCAUAAAAAGAUGACGCAUAGAAAUGUAUUGCCCUUUCGAGCCUGCUUACCGUUUACCCCGAUACUCGUUCUGUGUUCUGUGUCGUAUCACAAACUUCCACGUUUGGCUGUACAGCGGUGCUUUCGAGGAAACGAGCCAGCGCAGAAACAGAUGUAAAAGGUUUUCCAGUGGUGGAAUGUCCAGCGUCGCUAUAGAAAUGUGAUUGUAUAAAGCAAACUUGACUCCCCGUUGUACAAGAUGCCAUUUGUACCUGUCCGGCGCCACGCGUUUCCAUUUCUCUGAAUGUGCUGUAACGUACUAUGUUGAUUAGUCCCCUGAUGAUGCUGCUGAAAUCAUUGCCUGUGUCGCUGACGUUGAUUCUGAAAUGGUCACGGCGUUGGUUUGAACGACGGGCGCGGUCUCACCAUACCGGACCCGCUCCUGUCGUUGUUUUUCAGAGUGGACCCUAACCUUGCUGACCAGCCAUAAAAAAAUAAAUUAAAAAAAAGAGGAGCCACUGAGUACUUCCUGGUUUACAGAGGAAUUAUGGGAGAUGGACUUUAUUGAUUUAAGACCAGUGGGAUUGAAUGGGAUUAAAAAGAGAAACUUGAUGUCACUUUGGAAAGGCCUGAUGUCACUUUGUAUGGUUUGAUUGACUUGCUUGUUUGCCAUUUUUGUUUUUUUUGUUUUGUUUUUGUUUUAUUGGAGUGCGUGUCAGAGAAUGUUUGCUAUUGUAUUUGCUUUUAUUCUUGAGGACUGUGUUCUCCCCGUAUCAGUCUGUCAUCCUACUCCACCUGCAAAGAUGUAUUUUGUUAAAUACUCUAUCUUUGUUUAAAAAUCCCCACCUCUCCCCCCCCCAGCGCUCUUCCUUUCCUCCCUCCUUCCCCCCUCCCCCUCCUCCUCUCCGUCCUACGUUUCGGCAGAGGGCAGGUGUUUGCCAACGCCGUCAUUCAUGCUUUCGAAGCGGGUGAAACCGACUACCGCAGACCGCAUUAAAAACAAAAACUCUCUACACCAGCUUCCAGCCUUAAAAGCCCCCCUACCUCUUACCCGCCCCUGCAGGAGAAAUGAGGCGUCAGAUACCUCACACAUGAUCAAGAGUAUUGGGAGUUGCACAGGACCCUGUAGGUGGCUAGAUUUGAUUAGACUCCAUCCAACUCUACUGGAUCCACCCAUAACUCUGUGUGGGAGUGUUAAAUGAACAGUGCCUGGUGACGGCUCUGACUCUUCAUUCUUGGAAAAAAAUAAAUAAACUUUCUCCUCUCCUCCUCCUCCCACCUCUCCCUUGCUGUUAAGCCUCCCCCAGCCCUCCCACCCCCCUGCAAGCUGACAGACUGGACAUUAACUGAACUGAUGUGAUGAAUGAUGCUGAAACUCUGCAUGGAGGCGGGGAAGAUAGUUGGGUAUUCAUGGGAGAACUCUGUAGGUUCCAGACAUGUACAAUGCUAAUGGGAAAUAUCUGCUUAAAUAAAAACAGACGUGAUGAUUAAAACUGGAAAUCUGAAUCGCUACCUGGUUUCGUGUGG